AUGGCGCAAAUAAAAAUACGAGAUUCGAAGUGUGACUACCCAGCAGCAUGCAAUGCAAUGGAAACUCUUCUCCUUCAUGAAGAUCUGGUGAAGAAUGGAAGUUUCUUUGUUGAUGUCUGUUCAAUGCUUAAAAAGGAAGGGGUAACCAUCUAUGCAGGACCAAAUUUGUCACAAUUGCUGACAUUUGGCCCUCCUCCUGCAAAGUCUCUGAGGACUGAGUAUGGUGCCCUUGAAUGUGCAAUUGAAAUUGUGAAGAGUGCUGAAGAAGCAGUGGAUCACAUUCACAACUUUGGCAGUGGUCAUACUGAAGUCAUUGUCACUGAAAAUCCUCAAACAGCGCAGGAUUUCCUGAAGCAAGUGGACAGCGCAUGUGUGUUUCACAACGCCAGUUCUCGGUUCGCCGACGGCUAUCGCUUUGGACUUGGUGAGUAGCUGUGUAUACGAGUGCGACUGUUGGCGCGUGUGUGUUCGCAGGCGCGGAGGUGGGCAUCAGCACGGCGCGUAUCCACGCGCGUGGCCCCGUGGGCGUGGAGGGCCUGCUCACCACCAAGUGGGUGCUGCGCGGGGAUGGCCACGCGGCCGCCGACUUCGGCGAGGGCGGCGGCGCCGUCUUCACGCACGAGACGCUCUCCAUCGACUAAGCGCCCCGCCCCCUCCUUCCCCUAAUUCCCUCGGCACCACGAUCUGAUCACGUGUGCAGUUGGCACGUGCUGUUCUGGAGCACUGGACUGGAACGAUGGUCUUCCGUGGUGUAUGCCAUGUUUGAAGAAAGCUCUCAAAGUUUUGUCUUCAUUAUGGAAUGAAAGCCUAAGGCGGUGUAUGGGGGAGGCGGAAAAUUAGUCUGCACUCGGGACUCGCCUCUUCAUAAGAUCUACUGAGUGGUCCCUACCUGAUGGCCUCAUCAGCCAGGGAAAUACCUACCCGACUGCCGAGGAAGCUCCACCUACCGAGGACACUCCCACAGUUUUACUGGUCUGUCUUAGACCUUAAUAACUUUACUUCGCCACUGAGAGAAGUGAUAAAUGUUUACUGCAGAUACGUGUGAGAAUACGUGUAGGAAUUUCGUAUUCAUUUUAAUCGGUAUAUAGUUUGGCGUUCGAGUACGGACGGGAGAGGUACGAUGUUGCUCUUCGCGUAACUUCAUAUAUCUGUGAAGAAUGUCCUUCACUUCACCCAACAUGGUUGCUGUUAACAUUGGACAAAAUGUGUGAGAAUUUCUUUACUAACUUGUAUGUUCAUUUUCUCACGUAAAACAGAGGAUACAUAAAGAAAUUAAAUUUCAAUAUCAGUGCUAAAAAUAUUAAAUAAAUAUAUUUAACAUUCUGAAAGGCAAGCUAGUUCUCCAUAUUUGUUUCAAGAUUCUGGACUUGUGCUGCACAAGAAACGUUUGCAGUAAUGAACAUGUUACAUAUUGUAAAGAUUUAACUCUCCUAGCUUUUGUUUCUUGUUUUUCUCUUCCAUUGACCUCCUUAUAUUUCAUCUCUCAACCCUCAACUCGUUCCUUACAACUCUAUUAUUUGUAUUUGCACACUCCUGCACUCUUGAAAGUGUGGGAAAUUUUAUGAAAUGUUGGCAAUGUAAUGUUUUAAAUUUAGAUAUACAUUCAUUUUUUUUUAAGAAAAAUAUUAAUGUUAUGUUGUAGAUAAAUAAAUCUUAAGUCUUGAUAUCAUAAUUCAAAUUUUCAAAGUUUCAUGUUGUAUAAAUGAUCAUUAAAUGUUUAUUUGUUCCAUUCAUAAUGCAUUAAAUUAAUAAUAAUUCACCUCCAAUAAUCACUGUAUUAACCGUGAACGCUUUUACCAGUUAUACCAGUUGUUGGCCUUCUUCGACUUUCAUGACAAAGAAGGCAAAGUGAUAUCAACACUACGCUUGUACACUUCGCCACAUUUUUUCAUGAUCACAUUGGAAUAUUACCUCAGAAUAAAAUUAAAUUGAAAUAGUUAUACAAAUAAAAUAGUUUUAAUGGGAGACAUAGAAAAUCGUUAUCAUAAAUUUAUUGUAAUAUUUUUUUGCAAGAACUAGUCGAUUAGUAGAGAAAAUGAUCGAAUUAUUCGAAGUUCUGUGGAGAAUCAGAGCUUUAAAAACUCCACUAUUGCUCCCUGGUACAUUCCACUUCUAAGACAUUCACCGCACUGUUGACGGUGAAGUAUGUUUUCCUUGAAUCUACAAAGAAAUCUUGUGUUUGAUAUCACAUUCUGGUAGCACACAGAUGUUCAAUUCAAAGUACGGUCGAUGACUCGAGGAGUGGAGCGCACGUAAUCGUCUCAUUAAGACUACUGACGGAUUAUUUCGCUCGCAAAACGGCCACAGAAAAUCACGCAGUUUGAAAUGCGAUGAACGCCAGCUCUCUUUUCUUUCAGUCUGUAAAAUUACUUUACAGUUGAAGAAAUAUGGUACCGUACAAUUUUUCCAUUCCAAAAACUGCAAUGUGCGAGAAAGAAAAAAGAACGAAGAGAUGUCGAAAUGGAGCAGCAACGUUGCAUCAGCCUUGUAUGUGACAUUAUCAUGACGUCAGUCAGCUUUCUCUGAUGAGUUGCAAAUGUGGUGGAAAGGGAUGACCGGGGUAGGUCAGAAGUGUGUUGUCAUUUCUGUAUGAAGGCUUUGUACAGUAAUCCAUAUGUUGUGUUUUAUUAUUUGUUGUCUAAUGUAAAAAGUGUAAGAAUAAAUUAUAGUGUUUUCAAAAAAA